GGAGAGAGUAAUCAGUAAAGUCCUUCUUCUAAAGCAAAAGGGUUAAUUUGGGGGAGAAGGAAGAGUGAGGAAAGUAUCUGAAUAUGAAUGAUUGAGAGAGAGAGAGAGAGAGAGAGAGAGAGAGAGGCGUGAAGGGUCGGUGCUUUUUGCUAAGUUUUCUCAGGUUGGCCUUGUCGAUGCUGUAUUGGGUAUUUGGAGUUUGGGGGAUUCAAGUUCUGGGGGACAUCUCAUCUGUAGGCUAUUUUACCUUUUGGCAAACACAGUUCUUCUCAUAGCUAGUCUUUCUGAGGUUCUUGUUUUAUGAAACAUCUCAUCUCAGUUUAUAUAUAUAUAUAUAUAUAUAUAUAUAUAUAUAUAUUGUAUAUGUAUACACCUGAUCUAGAGACAAUAAGGGGAGAGAAGUAGCAGAGAAAUUAAAAAGAUAUACAAAGAAAGGAAUUAUCUUUUGCCGACAGGAACCCAAAUUCUGGUUUCGAUGGUGAGAGAUGAGAAGUGAACUUAAUCUGUUAUUCGUUGAUACGAGUAAAGAUUGGAGAAGUACCGAUCUUCGAUCUUCUGCAACCACCACCACCACAAGGGAAGAUUAAUUUGACAAUAUGUGGAAUCUCAACGAUUCGCCUGACCGGAGGAGUGAAGAGGAAUCAGAAGGUUGUUCUGUUGAAGGAGAUGAUGAUAAGGGGAAAAGGGUCGGAUCUGUUUCCAAUGACAAUUCGAGUUCUUCUGCUGUGGUUGUUGAAGAUGGAUCGGAGGAAGAAGAGGAAAUGGAUGAAGAUGGUGGUGGAGGAGCAAGGAGGAAGAGAAGAAGUAAGAUCUUUGGCUUCUCUGUCACGACCCACAACGCCAACAACAACAACAACAACAACAACAACUGUUCUUUAGAAAGUAUUCCGGUCGUGACUCGGCAGUUUUUCCCGAUGGAGGAGCCUGAAAUGGAGACGAUCCAGGGUGGUGUUUCUGCUUCUUUCCCAAGGGCUCACUGGGUUGGCGUCAAAUUUUGCCAGUCGGAACCCCUUGCCACCUCUGCUAAGGCCGCCGAUGUUUCGCAGCCAAUGAAGAAGAGUCGCCGGGGUCCCAGGUCUCGAAGCUCUCAGUAUCGUGGUGUCACCUUUUACAGAAGAACCGGCCGUUGGGAGUCUCAUAUAUGGGAUUGUGGAAAGCAAGUUUAUCUGGGUGGAUUCGAUACUGCACAUGCAGCUGCUCGUGCCUAUGACAGAGCAGCUAUCAAGUUCCGGGGAAUCGAAGCAGAUACAAAUUUCAGUAUUGGAGAUUAUGAAGAAGAUAUGAAACAGAUGAGCAAUUUAACAAAAGAGGAAUUCGUACAUGUUCUUCGACGGCAAAGCACCGGAUUUCCGAGAGGAAGUUCUAAAUUCAGAGGUGUUACCUUGCACAAAUGUGGAAGAUGGGAAGCUCGGAUGGGCCAGUUAUUGGGCAAAAAGUAUGUGUACUUGGGUCUGUUUGAUACUGAGAUUGAAGCAGCUAGGGCUUAUGAUAAAGCUGCUAUCAAGUCCAAUGGAAAGGAAGCUGUGACAAACUUCGAUCCCAGCAUUUACGAGGAGGAGCUCAAUUUGGCAGGCAAUGCUACUGGGCAUAACCUGGAUUUGAGUCUGGGGAGUUCUAAUUCUACCUCCAAAAGCGCCACCAUGGAUUAUCAAUCCUCCUCUUUGCCAAUGCAUUAUGAACCAGACUGGGGAACCAGCAACAGAAAAGGCUUCAAGCCCCAGUUGAGUGAUACAUUCAAGUUGCUUCCGGAUGAGCAGUCUACGAGUUACAGCCACAGAAGAGACAGGAGCGAUGAGAACGAGGCUUUACGGCUGCUUAACCAAACCCACAUCCAAUCCCCAAUCUCUUCACUCAAGGUCCAUGGGAUACAGAGAUAUGAGCCAUUUUCCAGAAGUGGGGAAGCUCCAAUGGUUCCCGCACUGCAACAACAACAACAACAACAACACUACCGUCCUCCGAAUUAUCAAUUUGAGUUUCGUAGUAGUAGCGAAGGAGGAGGAGGAGCUGGAGGCCUGUCUUUAGCGACAGGAGGAGACACACAGCAGCGGCAAUCGGGUUGGAACAAUAGAGGGAGCAGUAGUAAUAGUAGUAGUAGUGUUAAUGGUGGCUGGGCAGCUUCUGCCGCUGCUUCUGCUACUGCUGCUGGAACACCUCAACUGUUCGCGACCCCUGCAGCAUCAUCAGGAUUCCCACCAUCGCCGAUAAUAAAACCCCCAAGUUGGCUGCAGAAGAAUGGGUUCCACUCACUCAUGAGACCCACCUGACAACUCCCCAAUUUUGUUUUUGCAAGUCUUUCUGCAAUGCCUUUUCUGAUCUCUCUCUCUCUCUCUCUCUCAUCUUUGAAUCUUUCAGUUCAGACACAAAUCUGUUGCUUGGCAGUGGCACUACCAACUCCAUGGAAACGUGAAACAAAGCCCAAUUAACCCAGGUCGCUGAAGAGAUUAAAAGUUGCAGAAGCCAGUAGCUAAGUAGGGUUGUGCAAGUAAAAACUGAAAAAGAAAAAGUAGAAAAGUCCCUGAAUCACCAUCUCUCUAGCUCUUCUCGUUGUUGGGGAUGAUGGGUCAUCAGUCAAAC